AUGAGUCGAUUCGCGAGGGGGCUUUUUACAGCCACAACUGUGGCAAUGGCGAACCGAGCAAUGUGCAACGUGUUAUACAAUCGUUCAUACGUUCAAGAGUCCUAUGAACUAGAUGCCAUGGUAGAAAAGAUGUCGCCAGGAUUUCUGGCGGCGCUGGAAAAUAACAAUGGCAUUGAAGUGCCAAGACCUGACGGCAGCGAGUAUACUGUCGGGAGCUAUGAGUGGUGCAACAGUUACGCUUCGGACGAGUUAAGUGACUAUGAUUGGGACGCUGCAUGUGAAAAAGCAGACAUAUCGGCAGAAUUAGACGUGAUAGUGGAGACGGUGUCCCCUGGCUUCUGGGGCAACUACAGCUUGCACCAUAAGGAACAAGUUAUACGGGGGUCUAACACCUCGAAUUUCCGGGACGAUCCGUACGAGUGGUGCAGCUCGGAGGUGGCCGAUAAGUUGGAUGACACUGAAUGGAACUCCAAGUGUGAUAGUCUAGGUCGCCGCAGGUUACAACAAGCACCUAUAAUACACUGGCACGCAAUAGCCACGUCAUCCGCUAGCGAGCUGAUGAUCGCACACCACAGGGUACCAAGAGUAAACGAAAGUGUGAGAAGAGUAAAGGAAAUAGGCCGUUCAUGA